AAGGAGGACCUCUGAGUGUGAGGUGAAGGAGGACCUCUGAGUGUGAGGUGAAGGAGGACCUCUGAGUGUGAGGUGAAGGAGGACCUCUGAGUGUGAGGUGAGGAUGACAUCACUUCAUAAAUGCACCAAAGUAUGUCUAGUCAAGAAGAAAUAUUGGUGAAAGUUUGGAAAUAAAAUAAAAAAAAGGAAUAAUGCAUCUACCUCUUCUGCUGUCUUGUGAUACACUUCUCAAAAAGAAAAACUCAUGGACCAACUUACACUGGAUUGGAGAGGAUGCAAGGAAAGUAUACUUAGUGUCCCGCCAAUUCCUGGGUGAAGUGGACCUACGCACGGGUUGUACCUCCAAGAUCCAGAAACUAAGCCACAUAACUAAGACGGCAGCAGCUGUAAACUACACCUAUGAUGGUACUUAUAUUUAUGGCAUCUUGACAUCUGGUGACAUUUUCUUCUGGAACCAAACUUCUGAGUUUCUAAGUCAAGCACUUGGAAUUCCUGCCCUUGUCACACAUGGGACUUGCUCAACAGGCAGGGAUUCACAUGAUGGUCCACUCCAGGCUGUGCAGGAUUUCUUUAAGCAGCUAAAACCACAGAACCUUGGGAACAAUGAAACCACAGAAAAUGUUGAGUCCGCUCCUGGUUGUUCCUCGCCGUCACAUUAUAAGCCAAAUAUUUUUGCCUCAUCUGACUGUUCAAAAGUUAUUGUGGUCCUGGGUGCGAGUCAGGUAUAUUUGUGGGAGAAAGAUUUAACAAAACCUUGCAGUAAAAAUUCAAGCACCAUUCCUGGUCAUUGGUCAGUAGUGUUGUGUCACAGUGGUAUCCCACUACCCAGUCUACUGUCAAGAGAGACUCAAGUGACCUCAUGCUUCUUGUUACAGGGAUCUCAGGGAAAACAGUGCCACACAACCUUCAGCUUUGUUGAUAACUCCUGUCUCAUUAUGACAACACUCACUCUACAAUGGGAAGGUUCAGGCUGCUUGGUGCCACCUGCUGCAGUAGUGUCAGCCUUUUGGAAUUAUAUUUCUGUUUCCCACCAAACAUUUGGAAUGAGAGAAAAUGAACUGCUACAAAGAAAAGGAACAUUAAUUUCUCAGUAUGCCCAUGGUCAGUGUCUCAUCAGUAUUGCUGUAAAUUCUCUACAGCAACAUUCAAAAUUGCUUUACUUACAUCCCAUGUGUAGCACUGUUGUUGUGGCUAAUGUUAGUGAUGCUGUUGGUCAACAAGAUCUUUAUAAUGCCAACAACAGUAAAUCACACUGGGUGAGUGACCUGGCUUGGUGUCGAGAUAACACUUAUGUAGUGGGAUGUCUGAGGUCUGGUUCUGUCUUCAUAGCCACAAGGAUGGGACCCUUAGUGAAGAUCUCUUGCUCAGGAGAGAACCUACAGCUCCAAGCAGCCAUGAUGUUACCAGUGCAUCCUUAUUCUGCCACACCCAGAAUAGAUUCAUGUAAUGAAAAUUUGAGUGAAAGCUCUGAUAGUUCACCAUCAAGGCUCACUUUCUCUGUAUCUUGUCAUCCAGUGAGGGACCAGUUUCUUCUGUCAUCUGGUUUGAGAGUCUCUGUGUUAGCUCUCCCUGAAAAUGGUAGAAGAGAUGCAGAAGUUGUGGAUCAACUGCUUGCAACUGCUCACCAUGCUUUAUACUUGCUCCGCCACUCUUCCUUGACCCAUGAUUACGCCUACAUUCGUUGUAGCACCUGGAGACUGGCCCGAUCUGUGCUAGAUUUGUCUCAAAAUAUUAAUGAAUCGCUUGGAGCUGAUGAAUCUAAGAUCCACUUAUGGGGCAAGAAGAACCAGAAUGUGGAGGAAUGCAAGACUUAUCCAGAUGUUGCCACAGAAGGGGAGCACAUGAUUGUGCAAGUGAUGAAACCUCUCGUGGCAGCCUGGACUUUUAUUGCCUCUCACACGGGGCCUCAGACACAAGACUGGAGAAAGAGACCAAAGCAUGUGGCUAAACAGUUGGUGAAGCUUAUCAGUACAUUGAUGCAGACAACCUUAAAUGGGGACUACUCUGAACACCAGGCUCAGCUCUUACAAAUGCUACAUGUCUUUCACCAUUUUGUUAAGGUAUUAGCGGUAUGGCCCAGAUCACUGCAUAUGAUUAGACCCACAUUAUGGCUCACACACCAGAUCAUUCACACCUUCCUCAGCUGUGAGAGACAUGCUGGGGAGAGCAGCAUGAUAGACACGCUGCUUAUACUGACACAAGCGCUCUCCUCUGUGGAAAGUACACUUGCCCAGAUCUAUGCAUUUAGGCCUGUGUUAAAAUCCUCUUACCUUUUGAGGUAUAGUAAUGUUGAUGAGGCUCCUGGCAUAGAGCAAACAAAUAUUAAUGCAAUUUCAUGCAACACACAAAUGGAUGGAAUGUUUAAAGGUGAUCCUGCAGUAUGUGAGAAGAUGAAAAAUCUGUGGAUGUGUUUGUACGUGAACUCUGUGAAGGUGUAUACUCGACUUGGAGAAAAGAAAUUUGAAAGAGCGAGUUACCAGAAGUCAGUAGCAGUGAUGAACAUAACCCAGUGUAGAUUACAAAAGCUUGGAUGUGACUUUAAUCAGAGGAAAGUUAAACUCAAGAGAUGUAAUCAACUCUAUUUAAAUGGGAUUUAUCAUGGUGCUAUAGAAGAAUGGAAAUCUGAGAUAAUCCAAAGUUUAACUCAUGAGAAGAGUAGAAAGAAGAUAUGUCAGUAUCUUCAUUCUAUUCUCUAUACAUAUUUACUCUAUAGAGACUUCAUUGGCAUCUCAAACUUUUUCUCUUGGUUGUACACUUUGCUGAGUUCAGAUUUUAGUGUACAGAAUCAGUCUAGUCAUUUGAAUGGUAUAUGUUCAACUCCAAAGACAGAUAGAUCCAUUGCCAGACACUCGGAACUGGAUUUGGAUAUAUCGCCAAUAAAGAAAGAAACAAUCAAGAAAGGCAGUCAGGAAGUGAGGGACAUCUCAAGAGGAUCUGUACUUCGAAAGAAAUCAAAGGAGACCUCAGAGCAAGAAUUUAAGUCAUCUGCCUCCAAAAUAAAUGACUCAGAGACAAGAAAUCAAGAGUCAGAUUCUAGUGGAGGAGAAUUUCAACUUAUGUGCAAUUUGAACAGUGCUGCUCGUCGAAUGAUUGGAAGUUUUGGUCGAAUUCUUGCAGAAGUAUUUCUUCAACGUGAUAUUCAUAUACCUUCACCGCACACUCCUCAUUUAAUACCACCUAUUUGGAUUGACUAUCAGGAACUAAAAGAUAGAGGCAUUGGUACAACAGCCCUCAGCCCCACCAUUAUGAAGGAUGUCAUCCAUGAAGUACAUUGGUCAACUGAGGUAGCAGCACAAGCUUUAGCUAUUGCUGGGUACUGGAGUGAUCUCACUGUCCUCUCACUGGAUUUGGGAGAUGCAAGAACAGCUUUGCUUUCUAGUCUUGUUGCAGUCAUAGCUGGGAAACACAAAGUGCCAGUGCCAAGCAGUUUACAUCCCUCAACUCUGAUUAAAAACUAUGUACUACACUAUGGACCUAUGGAAGAUGCCACACCAUCAGUAUUUCAUAGUUACCAAGAGCUUAUACAGGUGGCAUCUAUGACAUGCCUUGAGGUCCUACCAGACAUCCUAGAAGAAUGCCUCCAGAAGGUCCAAGAGGUGAUGCAGCUGCUUGAGGUACUUGUGCUGCCACAUGUGUACCUUCCUGCUCCACCUGUGUUCUGUCCUCAGGUGACUUCAUGUAUGGAGGACACACCACAGUUACCCAGUGUCUCCAUCAGAUAUGAUGAAAGGACCUUACGGAAGGAACUAGCAGGUUGGGUUAGAGUAUUUUCCUGUGUCAUCAGUGCAGCAGGACUAGCUCAACCUUUAUUGCUGGAUCUCUCCCAUACUUUGCAACAUAAUCCAGAAAAGGUUUCUGACAUGUAUGAUGAAGAGCUGGAGAACUUGACAGAGACACUUGGUCAUGUUCAAGAAGACUGGACUCCUCAGGGCCCAGAAUGGUCAAGAAUCUGUCAGCUUUGGCACAAGUUUAUAAACCACUUGUGGACUCUUCACGCACGGGAUAAAUUAUCUAUAUGUGUGCGAAAAUUCACUGCAAAUGCCUCUUCUUUAUAUCAGAUCAGAGCCACUGGACAGGGAAAUACAACAGAGAUCCUGACGUGGGUAUUCGAACUUCACAAGCUGAUUGAUUCUGAUUCUUGGAGAGAUGAAUUAAUUGCCACAGCACUGACAGCAGCAAGUAACAGCCCACCACUUCCUGUAAUUGCUCAAGCUUUAGCCAUGAUUAUACCUAAACCUUCCCAGCUGCCUUCAUUGUUAAAGAAUAAAGCAAAAAGACUUUUUGAUCUUUGGAAAACUACAAAUGUAAUGGUAACAGAAAUUGGGGAUUCCCCUCAAAAUGAGGAAGAUAAAUCAGGAGAGAACGAGUCAUUAAUUGACACAUGUAAUAAUUUGUAUAGUAUAUAUGAGAAAAAGUGCUCGGAAGAAAUAGAGAUCUUUGAUGUGAGUAGUAAAGAUCACAUUGAUCCACAUAAAGACAACAGGAGGAAGGAAUGUAAUGGACUGGCAGGUGAUACUCCCUAUACUUUCCGGACAACCUCAGAGGAUGUGGAAGAGGAAUUUAGAAAAUUUGUGUUUCUCUUUGCUAGUAUGACUUUUGCACGGGAUGCUGAAAUGUUCCCGCAGAAAAUUGAACAGGUCCCUCAACUUGUUCAGUUUAGUGAGGAAAUAAAGAAGAGAGAGUUUCAGGGGAUGAAGAUUAAAAGACAUGUAUAUGAAAUUAAACAGGGAGUUUGUACAGAGAAUAGUGAACAUAAUAUUCUGUAUGAUACAAAUAAUAUGAGUUUAUUAAAUGUAAGUAAGGGUAAAGGAUCCACAGAAAAGAAAGGAUUAUUUCGAAAUUUAGAUUAUUCAAAGAUUUGGCAAGGAGACAUACAAACUGUCUUUCAUUUAGAACGCAACACAUCCCUUCAUGCUAAUAGCUCACAAAGUUAUCAAAGAAAGCAAAAUACAUCUCUUCCUCAAAAGAAACAAUUUAUCAACCAAAGAAAUUCAUCUUCUAAUACAGGGAAGGACAAAGAAUUCUCCAGCAGAUAUAAUAAUUCAGGCAGUAGAAAAAAUAGAUCCCGUUCUUCAGCAGAGAGGAAACAAGAUACAUCCUCAGCAUCAUUAAAGAUUAGAAGUAGAUCAGCCAGCUUACCAAGGCUUAAGGAAAGAAGUAACCUCAAACAUAUAAAUAUUAAUGAUAGAACCACUUCCUCUACUUUGAGUCCCAGUUCUCCCUUGAGUAAUUUUCUGCAUAUCUCUAAAUCUCAUAAUUCUGAUAUGAAAAAUAAUGUAUUACGAGAUAGGAUAAAACUAGUUCAGUGGCUGAUGAGUAGUGAAAGAAAGUUCUCCCUUCCAACUAAGACUGCCAAUACAAGAGUCAGUGCAGCAGCUGAACACACAACUAUAAAAAAAGUGGACUUAGACUUGGAUGAUAUUGUUUUAGCGCUUCGUUGGGAGUAUUUAUCUAAACCUAACUUGUAUAAUACGCCACUGAGGAAAGUUCCCGUGGCAUUGAGGCAUGAGAAGAAACAAAGUGUAGAAGUGUCAAUAGAUGGACAUAAUAAAAGGAAAGGCAGCCCUAAACUGAAGCAAACAUUAAAAGUAGCAGAGCCUUCACCUGACAUCACCAAUGGUACACAGAAGGCAAAUGUUGGACGAGGAUUUAUCACAUCACCAAAUAGUACUCAAGAGGAUGAACAUUUAGUUAAAACAGCAGUUAAGAAGGCUGUUAGGAAGAUCAAUUACCCUAAAAAGGCCAACUUAACGACAAAAAAAGUGGAAAAAGAUCCCCAAAAUGCAGUGAAUGUCAUAACCACAACCACCGAACAGAAUUAUGACUGGGUACAGGAGGAAGAAGAACAGAGUCAAUAUAAUCAAAUGACUUCCGUAGCAGAUACUACACAAGGGAACCAAGAUAGGGAAGCUUUUUAUUCUUUACAUAAAAAUGAACAUAACUCACCAGUGGAUUUAGAAAAUUCUGAUGUAAGCCAGGAAAAUGGGAUAGGCCUUCUGAGGAAUUUUCCUGAUAAAUGUAAACAGGAAGUGGCUAUAGAUGAACAAGAUGGAAAAGUUUCUGACAUAAUGAAUAAGAAUACUAGUGAAAUAGACCAGCCAUCAUCUACAAGGAGCACCGAGACAUAUGAUCAUACAGAAAAAGAAUCUAAGAAAACAGUUGAGAAGAUGAAGCCCGGCGUAAAGGACAUUAGAAAAUGUUCUGACGGCCAGUGGAGUGAUGCCAGUGUUGUUGGAGUGAGCUCUGAGGAGGCAGCAGUGCGGGAAGAGAAACAUCCAGGUCAUCCAGUUAAUGAGGCUGUUGAUAAAGUGCCCUCAAAACUAAUGUCUGAAAAAUCUCAUAUUAAAUCAUCACAAACUCUUAAGGAAAAAAACAUAACUUUUAAAGUCAUUUCCCCUGAACGAGAGGAAGAUUCUGAAAUAAAGAAAGAUGAGCGUGAUAUCAGUAGAAAAUCGAGAAGUAAAAGUACAGAUACAGGCAAGGCUCUCUACAGGCAAGAUGCCCCAGAAGCUGUUUCCCAGUACCCAGCCUCAAAAAGUAUAUGGAGACCUUUCAGAGCUAGGAAUAAAGGUUAUCUUAAGCCCCCACUGCUGGUUCUUGAAGUGGAAGAUGCAGGAAAGCCAAUCCUUCAUAACAGAAAACUUUCCUCUGACCGCCAGAAAAAAAAUAGCCUCACCCCCAUUGAAACACCUUCAGAAAUUUAUGGAACAAAUGAUGGUGUGUCUCCCAAAUUACUCCACAUGCCAUCUACAUCAUGUCAGGGUAGCAAAAGAUUAACCAUAUCUGACCUUAAUGAUAAUGAUACUAUCUCCACACACCAGUCCAUGGCGCUCCCUGUAGAUGAUACUCUAGAUGACGUCACACUGCCUGAUUCCUUACAUGGUUCUGAUCUAGAAGGUGACGGUGAAUAUAGUUUAUCUAGUCAAAAUAUUAUUCAGGAAAAUAUUAUCAAGAAACAUAAAUUUCAGUUCCCUAAAAGAGACUUGCCAAGAGAUGUGCCCAGAAAAUAUAAUACAACGAUUACAUUAAAGAAACCUGUUAAUUUAAAACAAACACCACAGUGGGAUGAAAAAGAACUGUAUCUAAAACCAAUUCCAGUUCGUGUUAAGUGUAAUUCACCAAAAGUUCACGACUCGGGUGAGAAAAGCACUGAUGGUCAAGGUGAAACUCGACCAGUUUUGGAAAAAAAUGCGAUCAUGAACAGAAAACUAAAGCUUCUAACAUUACCCAAACAUUCUCCACAAAAUGUUGAAAAUACACAACAUUAUCCAACUUUGGUGUUAAAACGAUUGCCAGCAGAUAAAUUAUUACAGGUUAAAUCUAAAAGUAGUAACUUAUUCACAGUACCAGAUAAAGGUCACUCAGACUAUCCAGGUGAAAUGUACAAUAAUAACCAUCAUAUAAAUUUGACUAAACAGACACCACCCAAAAAAUUAAGGCAUAAAGAUAUGAAAUUACUAACUCUGCCUACUUGUUCAUACACCCAGCUGAGGGAAGGGUCAGAGGCACAGUUUCUUAAUUUACUUGAUCCUAAUCAAGUUUUUGCUUUUUAUAAGAGAAAUAUGACAAAGAAGCAGAAUCGCUUUAAAACUCUGAAAAUAAAUGAACCAAUUAUGAACAAAAACUUGAUGGAAGUUUCUGAAAAGGAAUCUUGCAUUAAAGACCAGACUGUAAAUAAUGGAGUGAGAGUUGUACAACCCAGUGUACAAGAGAGUUUAGAUAAAGGUUUUCUUGAGGAGAUUAAAAAAUAUUCUGAUAAGUAUGAAGGAGGUGCAUACAAAAAUAUUUUGACAAAAGGAUAUCAUGAGAAUGGGGGAACAGUGAAAUCCAGACUGCAGUAUGAAGUGACACAGAGGCUAGAAAAAAUUAAUCAAAGUGAAUCUCGGCAUGUCUGGAAUACCAAGGAAACACAGACUUCUACUCCAUGUCUCACUGAUUUCCAAAUAACUAAACAUCUCAUAAGUGAUGAAGAGACAACACCCAUUGAUUCAAAAGGAACAAGAGCUCAGGAAGACAUUAUUUGCUUGAGGGGAGAGAAUGAAAUGGCAGAAAGGCAUAAUGGUCCAGGAUCCCCUAAAGGACAAUUGCAUACUAAGGCAUUAGAAAAAGUGGUCAUCAAAGUUAAAGAUUCUUGGACAGAAACUAGCAGUGUUAACCUGAAUCAAAAUAUACCAGUAAAGAGCUGUGAGAUACAGACUCAGACAGAAGAUAGACCCUUAAAGAGUGUCUCUGUGUGUACUGACAUUGCUACCUCACCUCAAGCUGCUCCACCAACUCACUCACUACCACAACAGAUUCUUCCUGUGACUCAUCACCCACAGUCUCUGGAGAAUCAUUCCUCCCCAAUUCCUGCAACUUAUGAAACUCUUGCAAUUGAUCUUGGCACUAAAGCUCUUAACACUUCCUCUAAGUUUGUCAUGGAAGAAACUGCAACUGGAGGCAUUGCUCACAUUGUAGACCUACCACAGGAGAUUGUCCAACAGCAUCUUGAAGAGAUUAGAGAUGAGCUCAAUAAGACAAUACAGUAUCAAGAACCAGAUACUGUUGAACAGAGAGUUAAACCUAGUUCUGGUGAUGCUAAUGGGAAGGUUGAAGUACUCAGAGAUACUGUAAAAAUACUCCGAGAUGAUAAAGUUGAUGAUAAAGUUAGAAGAUUAGAUUCAAUCGGCUUGAACACUAAUCGUUCAUCUUUAGAAACAAAUAAUCUUGAUAAAGUUUUUAAAUAUUAUGAAUCGCAGAGAAACCGAAAUCAAGGACUGGGAAAGGAUGAGGAGAACAUUCUUCAAGCUGAGGCAAUACACACAGGUGCUGAAUUAUCAGAGGAUGAUCUGCCUGUCACUAGAACCAGAGAUGCACUGGAGGAAAGGUUCAUAAUAAGUGAUCAGUUGAACAUGAAUGAGAUCUUUGAAGCAUUUUAUAAUGGAAGAAUAACUUUUGAGGAUUUGUACAAAAUAAGUUCUGAUCUGCCAAUGGAAGCUUUAAAGGUGAAACAGGAAGAAGAAAUUGUGGAGAAGAGAGUUGACAUUCAAGAUAUUCAAAGACUGGAACAACAAACUGUAGAAGCUGCACGUGGCCUUUGCGAAUCCCACAACCUAUUGUCCAAGGUGAGUCUUCUGCUCCAGACCUCUGAGAAGUUGGAAGAAGAACGAGUAAAGAGAGACAGAUCCAGAUCUUUAAGUCGAAACAGACGCUAUUCCUCAUCUGAAAGGAAAAAGAUUCAUUCUCAUGUUCAUACAAAUAACACAUCUUUUGAGAAUUUAGGAUGGCAGGAAACUUUGUCCACAUUAAGAGAAAGUGGAAACUCAGACAUACUGUUGAGGUUUGUUGAGAAUGUAAACCCAGAGGAUAUAACAGAUGAAAUGAUUGAUGAGAUAAUAAAAUAUGAGGAAAGUAAUACUGAAAGACAUUUACAGCAUCGUCCAUUGUGUUCUCAAGACACGUCUAACUUUCUUUCAAACACAUUUACUGUUAACAGAAGCUCAAGAAGAAAUAAUACAAAUACUCUCAUGAAUAUAAAUAGACAUCAAGGUCUUCUAGAGGUGAAUUAUGGAGAUUCUUCAAGUCGGAAGGAUGAGGGAAGUAGUGGUGGUGCGACAAGUAAGCAGCCAACAAGUAACUGUCUAUCACCAGAGAAGAAUUCAGGAACAUUUUCUGAUGAAAUUGAGUCUAACGUAAAUGAGUUAUGUUCAGGCACGGAUACUCCCAAAUUACACCUUGAUCUAACAGGACUCAGGUCCUCACCAAGCACUUCUCCUGCUCGUACAUCGUGCCAUAACGCGGGAAGGUGGCUCGAGUCAGCAUAUGACACAAGUGAGAAAAGGCAGCAGAGGAGAGCAGAAAUUCGUGCCUGGAUGAAGAAACAAAGACGAAAACGAUUAGAAAAAACUCAUGAUGUACCCAACAACACCAUCACUAAGUCACAGUUAAACACCUACAGGAACCUCUCUCCUUCUCAGAAUCAUGGGAAAAUGAUGGAAAACUCAGGCACUAUUAAAAAAGAGAACCAGGACCUCAGUGGAAGACAGUUACGGGAGAAGAGCCAAGAGAGGGAGGAGCGACGUGCACAGCUACGAGAAGAUCACCAAAGAAAACGAGAAAAAGAUGUGGCUAAGCUGCUUGCUGAUCACGAGGAAGAAUUAAUAACACACAGAAGUCUGAUAAUGAGAAACUUACCUUAUGAAUCUCCUCGCAUGUCUAGGGAAGCACUGAGAAGGAAAAUUUUUAAUAAUACUAAAAGCAAUGAAAGGCAACAUAAUUUAACAUUACAGAAUUCAUAUGCUGAUACAGAAAUACUUUUACCUUCAGGGCAAAGAAGAAAAACCAAACAGAAAUCUAACUUUGGACUCUCUCAAGUGUCUGAUUCAAAACUUAAUACCCAGUUGUUGAAGAGAAAAGGGAAAUCACCGCAAGGGAAAGGAGGUAUGCAAAGUAACACAGAUGUAUGGAAAAAUAAGGACCAGACCACUUACAGAACAGAUGACUUAAGUUCCCUAAGUAUGUCUUCUGCUAGGUGUGAGGAUUCAACAGAUAGAAAUAGGACUAAUCUAAUAGGAAAUGCAAAUAUAGAAAGAGUGGAUGGUGUUCAGUCUGAGCUGGAUAAUUUGAUAAAGUGUUUAAAAUCUCCAGGAAAGAGAAAGGUAUCAGAUGUUCAUGAGAAAUUUAAAGAGAAGCACAUAAGGCCAUCUUCCAGUCCAAUACAAACGAAAAAUUUUCAUGGUAGAAGAAAUGAGAGAAAAGCGAAGGAACAAAAGUCAUUGAGUUCAUCAGAUGAUGAUAACAUACACCAGAAGCCAAGUUCAGAAACAUACUUCCCAGUAAACACCACCUUUCAGUUACCACUUGACCGCAUCUCUGAGGUGGACUCAAAUGUAUCGGCCACUUCAUCACCAGUUGAUGGCUCGGGCUGCAGGGAAAGAGAUCAUCACCAACUAACUAGGCCUGAUGAAGAUAAUACUCAACACAAAGAUACCAGUUCAGAAUCAUCAUGGAAUAUCCCUGAUGAUGUGAAGAAACUACUGUAUGACUAAUGUACUGAGAAUGUGAUUUAACAGACUAGUAGAUAUACUGUACAGUACUUGCAGUCACAGAUACAGUACAGUAUAUUUUACCACCAUUAGUUAUAUUUAAGGUUUGUCUUAUGUCAAAUACUGUUUGGUUAGUGCAUCAGGUCUGUUAUGUCUGUACCUCCCCCUGCAUCAGCUGCAUUCCAUUCCUAGGUACCGGGUAAGUGACAUGGACCACUUACAUCAAACUUCUAAACUCUAAUAUAAAAGUAAUAGGAUGCUAGACAGAAAGAGUGAAAGAAAAGAAAAUGUAGUGUAUACUUUCAUUAACCACUAGGCUUCAGGUCACGUCAUACGACGUUCAUCUGUAGAGCUUCGGGUCACAUCAUAUAAUGUUUUGAUCUUCCGCUGGCCUAUUUGUAUAAAAAGGGCAGGCCUAGCUCGAUUAUGCUGCCAAGUAGGUAUUUAUCUUUCACUCACUCGCACAUGAGAGCCUCCCAGUCUCUUCUCAGCUUUUGUGAUGUCGGCAUCUUGCCUUUGGACUUGACUCACUUCACCAUGUGUUUCUACCCCCCAACCCCCAAGCACAAGUCUAGUAUUGUGGUCAGUUACUGGAGCAGUAAUAAUUAUUGUUAAUAGUGUAAACGGUAACAACAUGUUAAAACAGGUGUCCUGUACCUCAUACUGCCUAUAAAUUAGUGUUGUUUACCUCGUUAUGACUACGUAUGUCACACACAUGCCACUUCAUGACCAUUCUCGACUCUUCCUAGCCCUUGUGUUGCCAACCUAUGGUAAGGACAUGUAUUUAUUUCCUGUUUAUAUUAUGCAUGGCCAGUUUAUAAGGCUAGAAUUUUUUUAUUUGUUUUUAAAUGUUCCUGUAUAUAUCCACGGGGGUAGGGGGGAGAGAUAGUGACCACAGCUCGAAGCUCAGGUGUUAACUCAAGUUGAAUGAUAUAGGACCUCCUCCACAGUAUGAUAUAUGAAUGUCCAUAUGUAAUUAAUUUUCUUCACUAAACUGAAUCAUCAGUAUAACUCAUAUCUCAUAGUCUUCCACUUUCAUAUCUAUUUCUUUUUAUACAUUUUCUAUAUUUCCUGCCGUUCAGACACGUUCACCGAUUCAUUUCCUAGGUCAUGUCAUACUUUUCAAAUCCUAGUCUUUAAUUAGUUGGCUACCUGAUUUAAUUUCUUUUGUUAUUUUGUAUAUUUUACACAGAUUAGCUGAAAAGGUACAGUGGAUUUCAAAUUUCUACCAUCUUUUGAAUAAGGAGAAAUAAAAUGUAAAGUUUACUGUAUAGAUAAAUAAAAUAUCUAUGUUUAUAAAA